AGUACAUGGGGACGUGAUGGUGCGGGUCCCUGGUGCAGACGGACAGAGGUGACCUCCCGGUGGCGGCGACAACAUCAUGGCGGAACCUCUUAAAGUUCUUGUAACUGGCGCUGCUGGUCAGAUAGCCUAUUCCCUCAUCUUUAACAUUGCAAAGGGUGAUGUUUUUGGAAAAGACCAGGAACUUGUUCUGGUGCUGCUUGACAUUACACCCAUGAUGUCGGUGCUGGAUGGAGUGGUGAUGGAAAUUCAGGACUGUGCUAUUCCACUGGUGAAGAAGGUUAUUGCAACUGACAAGGAGGAUGUAGCUUUUCAGGCCAUUGAUGUUGCGAUUCUAGUGGGCUCAAUGCCACGCCGGGAAGGAAUGGAACGGAAAGAUUUGCUGCAGGCUAACGUGAGAAUCUUCAAAUCCCAGGGCUCUGCUCUGGACAAGUUUGCCAAGAAAACGGUCAAGGUCCUUGUGGUGGGCAACCCGGCCAACACCAAUUGUUUGAUUGCGCUGAAGUCUGCACCGUCGAUUCCAAAAGAGAAUUUCUUUUGCCUGACCCGCUUGGAUCACAACAGAGCGAGGGCUCAGAUUGCAGUUAGAUUGGGUAUACCAUCAAACGAUGUCAAGAAUGUCAUAAUCUGGGGCAAUCACUCUUCUACUCAAUAUCCUGAUGUAAAUCAUGCCACUGCGAAAUGUGAUGGAACGGAAAUGAGUGUCUCUGCUGCCGUCAAGGAUGAUAACUGGCUGAAGAACGACUUUAUUAAAACCAUCCAGCAGCGUGGUGCUGCGGUGAUUAAGGCCAGGAAGCUUUCCAGUGCAAUGUCGGCUGCUAAGGCCAUCUCUGAUCACAUGAAGGACAUCUGGUUUGGCACUCCUGAGGGUGAAUGGGUGUCGAUGGGGGUGAUUUCUGAUGGAAAUACAUACAAUAUUCCCAAUGACCUGAUCUAUUCUUUCCCAGUUAAAAUCAAGAAUAAAACUUGGAAGAUUGUCGAGUGUUUGACAAUCAAUGACUUCUCCUGUGAGAAGAUGAAAACCACUGCUACCGAACUAGUUGAAGAGAGAGAUACGGCCACUGAGUUCCUGACAAGUGCUUGAGUUCAUUACUAUCAAAAUACACCACGUACUUCUCCUGAGAUGGAUCAAGUUCAGUAAAAUAAAUCCAUAUAUGCCUUGUAUAAGGAAACCUACCUGUACUGUAACAAUAAUCAACAAACAUCCUAGGUAGGGAAGUUUUUCAAUAUAAAGAAUAAACUUCCUAUCAAUAGCU